AUGACCUGGACACCAGAUGCCCUUGACCCCUCUACAGACAAGCACAUAUACAAUUAUCCCUAUAAAGUUAAUGUCUACCAAAGGAACAUGGAAUCGGUGACAUUCAAGGACGUGGCUGUGGUCUUCACUGAGGAGGAGCUGGGGCUGCUGGACCCUGCCCAGAAGAAGCUGUACCGAGACGUGAUGGUUGAGAACUUCAGGAACCUGGUCUCAGUAGGAGGCAAGAUCCCAAGGCAGAUGGAGACCAUCCCACAGGCAGCAGCACAGGAGGUGCUUUCUAUCUCACAUAUCUGGCAACAGAUCCCAAGUGACUUAACCAGGUGUCAAGAUUCCAUGAUAAAUAGGUCUCAGUUCUACAAACAAGCUGAUUCACCCUCUCUGGUUGCACGACUAUCUUUUAGUCACACAGGAGAGAGUAAUGAGUAUAUAGAAAACCCCAGUGAUGUCUCCAGCUUUGAUCUUCAUCAGUUUUCACACUCAGGAGAGAAGUCGCUCACAUACAAUGAAUGUGGAAAAGUCUUCUGUUAUACCUCAGGUCUUCGUAAUCAUCAGAGAGUUCACAUGGGAAAGAACCACUAUGAUCGUGAUGAGCAUUGUAAGGAAUUUAGUCAGAGCUCACAUCUGCAAAGUCAUCUGAAUGUCCACACUAUAGAGAAACCACACAAAUGUGAGGAAUGUGGGAAACGCUUCAAGCAUAGAGCCACACUUAAUGUUCAUUGUAAAGGCCACACAGGAGUGAAACCUUAUGCUUGUGAGGAAUGUGGAAGGGCUUUUAUAUAUCCUUCACAUUUUCAGGAACAUCAGAGAAUCCACACCGGGGAGAGACCAUUCAAAUGUGAUACGUGUGGUAAGAACUUUUGUCGUAGAGCAGCACUUAAUACUCAUUGCAUGGUCCAUACAGGAGAGAAACCUUACAAAUGUGAGCAGUGUGGGAAAGCCUUCACUCGGAACUCAUAUCUUUAUAAGAUCCAUCAGAGGGUUCACACAGGAGAAAAACCUUACACAUGUCAGGAAUGUGGUAAGAGCUUCAUUCAGCCUUUUCAGUUUCAGGCUCAUCAGAGAGUCCACACUGGAGAGAGACCAUACAUAUGUAAUGUGUGCGGAAAAGGCUUCAUGUACAGUUCACAUUUGCAUUCCCAUAAGGGAGUCCACAGUGGAGAGAAACCAUACAAAUGUGAGGAGUGUGGGAAGAGUUUCAGGACAAAAAUUCAUUGUCAGGUUCAUCUGGUCGUCCACACAGGAGAAAAACCCUAUAAGUGUGAUGUGUGUGGAAAGAGUUUCCGUCAGAAUUCAUAUCUUAAAAUCCAUCAGAAGGCCCACAAUGUAGAGAAACCUUAUAAGUGUGAGGAGUGUGGUCAAGGCUUCAAUCGGACUUCAAGACUUCAAGUUCACCAGGUGAUCCAUACUGGUGAGAAACCAUACAAAUGUGAAGAGUGUGGGAAGGGCUUUAGUCGUAGAGCAAAUCUUCAAAUUCAUUAUAGAAUCCACACUGGAGAGAAACCCUAUACUUGUGAGAAGUGUGGGAAGGGCUUCAGGCAGGCUUCAACACUUAUGACCCAUCAGAGAAUCCACAGUGGAGAAAAACCUUUCAAAUGUGAAGAGUGUGGGAAGAGAUUUUGUCAGAAAUCACAACUUCACUGUCACCAGAGAAUUCACUCUAGAGAAAAGCCCUAAAAUUUUAGUGAGUGUGGGAAGGGCUUCAAGUGGAACUACCGUUUAGAUCAUCAUCAGAAGAUCUGCACAGGAGAGAAACCAAAAAAGUGUGGGUGGUGUGGUAAUACAUUCUUACCUCAACUCUUCCUCAGUGUCCACACUGGAGAGAAGCCAUACAAAUGUGAUACAUGUGAUAAAAUGUUUCACCAGACUUCCAAACUUCAGUAUCUUCGUAGAAUUCACAGAGGAGAAUGCAUCAGACUUCAAAACUUCAAUAUCUUUAUAGAAUUCACAUUUUACAAAUGUGAAAGAUUGUAA